UGGCGGAAUAGAUGUAGCCGAGGCGACGCUAAUGUAUGUCGCUUUAUUUUUAUCCGAGUAAUUUAGCAUCCAGCCGACACGUUUCCGUGCAAACCCUAGUUAAAACCCUCAUCACGAAUGUGCAACAUCUCUUGGAGCCGUGAGAUUUCACCUCGGAACUGAUUUUAUAUUUUUUUUGCUGAAGCGGAGCAUCACUGUAUAAUGAAGCGGCAGGCCGAACGCGACGCGAGUCCGUCCAGAACGCUCGCCAAACGCGUACGCGAGCGAGACCGAGAGCGCGAGCUAAACCCGCCGCUCGCGCUGCUGCUCGCCGAAAGCCGAAAUUAUCAUAAACGAAGCCGCAGCAGAGAGCGGGAAAAACCUCGGGUUCGAGAAGAAAGAGAGAGUCUGCAUCACCGCCCGCAUCAUGAACUGGGUCUGUUGGGUCGAGCCCCGCUCCGAACAACAACAGUCCUGCCUAAAGGUAAGACCUCAUCUGCAGACAUGUUGGGUACUCGACUUGAAUACAAGACACUACUUAUAAGCAACCUUGGAUCAACACUUUCUGAUGAACAUAUAGAGGACGGACUGUUUCAUGAGUUCAAAAAAUUCGGGGAUGUGAGCGUCAAGCUGUCUCAUACGCCUGAGCUUGGUCGUAUCGCUUAUGUCAACUUCCGACACACGGAAAUUGCGCGGGAAGCGCGCCACGCCAAAACCAGGUUGGUGCUAUAUGACCGUCCACUCAAAGUUGAACCAAUGUACAUGAGGCGUCGCAGUUGCACACCUCCAGAUGUUAGUUAUGUGUCCAUGCAUGGUGCCGCCUACACAUACAGACAGCGGUCCCUUUCACCAGGUGCUGGGGGAAGUGCCAUCAGAGAUGUAAGACCUAGACAUUAUGUGGAUGGUGUGGGACUCAGCAGGGACCGUGUUUUGGACUAUUAUAGUGCUUUGGAGGAGAGUCGUCGUGCAUAUGCAUACCAGCUUCCUGAGGACGACUUAAAACCAGAGGACGAUCAGAGAGCCACUCGGAAUUUAUUCAUCGGCAACUUGGAUCAUAAUAUUUUGGAGGUGGAACUACGACAAGUCUUCGAAAAAUAUGGAAUUAUUGAAGAAGUUGUGAUCAAACGCCCUGCCCGUGGACAAGGGGGCGCUUAUGCUUUUCUUAAAUUUCAAAAUUUAGAUAUGGCACACCGGGCCAAAGUGGCUAUGCAGGGACGCAUGAUUAAUGGGAACCCGAUUAAGAUUGGUUACGGGAAGGCCAAUCCGACGACUCGACUAUGGGUUGGCGGACUUAGCCCGAAUACCUCGCUGGCUGCUUUAGCCCGUGAGUUUGAUCGCUUUGGGAGUAUUCGGACCAUAGACUACGUGAAAGGAGAUAACUUUGCGUACAUUCAUUAUGAAAGCUUGGACGCAGCUCAGGCCGCUUGUGCGCAAAUGCGUGGCUUCCCUCUGGGUGGUCCGAAUCGUAGAUUGCGUGUGGAUUUUGCAAAGGCAGAGGAAACAAGGCCAUACCCUCAACAGUACCAGCCUCCUUUGCUCUCCCCUCCACCUUAUGAUAUUCUUCCUGAUGGUUAUGGACGUCACCGUAGCCUUGAAAGAGAGCUGAGAGUGAGGGCUCGCUCACCUUCACACCCUCUGUUUACAGACAGGGAAAGAGAGCGCCUUUCAGACCGAGAAUGGAGUCCGCCGAAGGGGUUGGAGCGGCGGGCGAAUCCGGAGGCGUUUGGGCGGGUGAGACAGCGUAGCCGCAGUCGAAGCCGUAGCAGGGAGUGCUGGCUAAAGGAGCGAGACCUGGAACGCGGGGUGGGGAAAAACUGGGAGGAACGCUGCAAACGAAGGAGCCUCAGUCCCAUCGAGCGACCCAGUGAGGAGCGCGGAAGGUCAAAACUCCGGGUUGGGGUACCCUCUACCCCUGAGGACAGCCCGGACCGGGGACGCGGUCGCCUUCCAGACUCCACCUCUGAACCUCUGGAUCACACUCCUGACAUCAGCAGACACUCCAGUGACGAACGUCCCCCACAGGAUGAAUCUUUGUAUCUGAGGAAGGACAGUGAACGUGAUCGUAAUCAUCGCAAAAGCGAUAGUGACCCUGAUUCACAGACUGACAAGUCCAAAACGGACUCCAAAAAGCCCAGUACACUCUCUGAAUAUGCCCAGACGCUGAGUCGUGUAUGGCAUGGUUCUCUUGUCCUUAAAAACAGCUGCUUCCCCACAAACAUGCACAUGCUGGAGGGAGGCGCAAGCUUUCUACUCUCCCUCAUGAGAGACAACCAAGCAGGCGGUUCUAAGAUCACACAACUUAAAAUAGCUCAGCGGCUGAGAUUGGAUCAGCCCAAACUGGAUGAGGUGACUCGACGCAUCAAGCUGGGCAGCCCGGACGGUUACGCUGUCCUUCUCGCCGUCCAGGGGCCCAUGGACCGGAACGCCCCUCCUCCAGAACCAGGCCUUCAGCAGCGACUUCUCCGCAACUUGGUAACGUACCUCAGGAACAAGCAGGCAGCAGGGGUCAUUGGCCUACCUCUUGGUGGCCCCAAAGAGAGGGAGAUGGGGGGCAUGUUGUACGCCUUCCCUCCUUGUGACUUCUCGCAACAGUAUCUCCAGACUGCUCUGAAAACUCUUGGAAAACUUGAGGAAGAGCACUUGGUCAUUGUGGUUGUUAAAGACUCACCUUAAAAUUUCUAUUCCUUUUAAGGUGUAUGUACUUUUUUUAUUUUUUAUUUAAAAGGAUAGUUCACCUGAAAAUGAAAAUUCUGUCAUUUACUUGCGUGUUCCCUGGGGAAAAAAAUGGUAAGUCUUAAUGGUUUGAAACAAGAAGGUGAGUAAAUGACAGAAUUUUCAUUUUCGGGUGAGCUAUUCUUUUUCACUCUCCACUUAAUCAGUGUUCCCUUCUUUAUAUAUAUAUAUAUAUAUAUAUAUAUAUAUAUAUAAAUGAAUAUCAUUCCCAAACAAGGUGUUUUACGAGCGAGUUUUAAAUUUGUUUCUCAACAGUGUUCCAAAUAUUAGUUAUCCUAUUUGAUAAUUUUUUAUAAAGUUGCACACAGUAGACAAUCUGACUGAAGUUCCCGCACAGGGGUUCGCUAUACAGUAUGAUGAGCAUAAAACAUUUUGGGCUUCAUUCAUGAACUACGUGCAAAACAAAUUUCGGUAUAAAUUGUUUGCAAAUCCAUUGGUCAAAUUCAAUUGAAGCAACAAUAUAAGACCAAUACAAGAAUGUGUUUGACACAGAAGAUUUACACAAAUUAGUUUUGCUUGUGCUUCAUGCUUGAGGAACAUUCACUGGGAUUAAAGUGUUAUUUUUUUAACGGCAAUGUAACUUCGUAACACUUUCACAUGACAUCUAACCGUUCUUCCCUCCCAAGUUACAUCCAUUUGUCCUGUUUUCACUUACUAGAUAUGAGCUUAGAUGAACACAUUUGUGUAAAUCAUGAAGUUCUAAAGUAAACUGCCUCGUUCAAUGAAAUGCAACCAUAUAUGUAAGAUGUUUAUUUUACAAAUGAUUUACACUAAUUUGUUCUGCUUGUGUUUAAUGAAUAUGGCCUUUUGACUUCAAAAUCAAGUGUUCUAAUAUCUUGUGGCUUUUAACUCCUCAGUACUCGCGUAACAGUUCUUCCUGCCUUCAGAAAUACACAGUACUUGAGAAUACAGAUUUUUCAAGUCAGGUGAGGCAUUUGUGUCAUAAAUGAUGGCAUCUACCUCUUUAAUCAUGUAACACAUCAGGUAUGUUCGACAAAAUGAUGAUGACAAACUGUCUUAGGGUCGACUGCAAUUUUAUUGUUUUGUUCGUAAUGUGCACCUGCAGCAUUAACAGAAGUUCAUGUGACCACACGUGUAUCUUACCGAUCGAGUACUGUAUGUAUCCAAACACUAAUGUGUGUAAAUGUAAUGAACACUACGGAUUAAGCUUGUGUAGCUGUUUGUUUGUAUGCUGGAAUGUCUUUUAAAGGAGCAGUUCACCCAAAAUAAAUAGGUAUCAUAAGGGUUCAUAAAGAGGGGGGGUGAACUAACUCUGUAAGCCUUUGUUUUUGACCGCCCUCCAUUGAAUGACUAUUUGCCAUGUCUUUUUCACCAGUGGUAAAUUGAGCCAGUGUCCCUUUUAAACAAGUGCUGUUUUGGGACUUUUAAAAUGUCCAGCGAUUGAGUUUCAUAAUGAUGUAUUUCUAGGUAUUCACCGUUAAUAAAGGGAUUCAAAAAAUCCACCUGCCAACACUACAUCCCUUUAUAGUGAACGGUUAUUUUCUGUUAUUUCUUUUUAAUUGUGUUCUGCUAUUUUACUGCCUCUCUUGUAUCGCUCCUUUUUUGUAAUAUUUUAUUUUCCCCAGGAAAAGUCAUUUUUUCUGUCUGUAUGCAAAAUAUGUAUGGCAUUUAAACAUGUAAGUAAACAUUCAUGUUCCUGUUUUUAAA